UCGUUCAUGUUUCCAGAUGUUAUCAUUAAUUCUUUGUAAAAAACUGUUUUUAUUCAAAGUUAUUUCAUUCUUUAAAUAAAUUGACUGACAAGUCUCACUUGUUACGUGUACUUCUUACCGAUAUUAUGAUUGGAAGUAUUUUUUAUACACUCAAAUAUAUCAAAUCUUCAUUAUGAUUUUCUAAGUAGCUUUUAGCCAGUAGUAUUAAGUAAUUGUUGUUUAUUUAGUUUUCAACAAGUAAGAAAUUGAUAAAUUCGUAUUUCUUUUCCACAAAAUCGAAUUAGUAGUCAUAAAACACUAGACAUUUAAAACAAUUUUUAAACUAAAAAUGUUCAAAUAUCGAUACUAAACUUUUUGUAGGCUAGGUUAUUUGAAUAGUUUGGCAGGCAAAAUGCGAACUUAAAAUAAUACAUUUUUUCUAUAUUAUGCCAUAUUUUCUCGUUUUAUAUUAUGGCCUUCAAUGAUUCUCCUUUAAAAAAUAAUUUAAUUUUAGCCAUGAAUAACCCUGUAAAUAUACUGUACUCAGACGAUAUAGUAACUAUUAUUGCUGAUUUAUAUCCAAAAUCAAUUCACCACUACUUAGUGUUACCAAAAGAAAAUAUUCAGGAUGUUAAAAGCCUCAAACCUCAUCACAUACCUUGUCUUAUCUAUAUGGAACUUAAAGGUUUAGAAUUUGUAAUAAAAAAAACUGGAAUGGCUUCACAUUAUUUUCAAGUUGGGUAUCAUGCUUAUCCAUCAAUGAAUAGGUUGCAUUUACAUGUUUUAAGUAAAGACUAUAAUGGCUCACAUAUGAAAGCUACUUAUCAAUGGAAUUCAUUUCAUACAGAAUUCUUUAUACCAACUUAUAAGAUAAUUUCUGAACUACAAACAACAGGAAAACUUGUACUGCCCAAUAAGAAAUGUUUAUAUCAAGAUCUACAGUGUAAUUUAUGUGAAUAUUUCUGUAGUAAUGUACAAAAUAUAAAAAUUCAUAUGACACUUUUUCAUAAUGAACAAACCAAUUAUUAAUUUUGUUGACUAUUAUUAGAAAAUAAUUAAAAAUAUUUUACUGUUGUAUGAAUAGAAAAGGGUAAUUUAUAAAUUAAUAACUUUUUUGCAAUAUGUUAAUUAUAAAAUAUACAUUAAAAGAAGUUGGAACUUGCAUGUAUUUAAAUUAUAAUCCAAAACAAUAUUAUUCUAUCUAUAAAUUAUGAACAUGAAAAAAAAAAUUGCAAAAAAUAACAUGUUGGCCUGAAGUCUAAGGCUAAUUUCCUAUUGCCAUAAUACAUAAAUUUCACGUAGAAGUAAAAUACUCUCUUAAAUCUUUUUCACAGUGUUCAUAUGCUAAUCCUAAUCCAAAUCCAGAACCAACAAGUAAAGGCCACUU